GGGUAUCUUUAGAAUUCCCUCUCAACUCAGCCCACAUCAUUGCUCUGCAACUCAGAACAGCAACUGCUGAGACCACCUUGAGAACAGGAUGAUCCUGAACAGAGCCCUGAUUCUGGGGGCCCUCGCCCUGACCACCAUGAUGAAUCCCUCUGGGAGUGAAGACAUUGUGGCUGACCACAUUGGCGCCUAUGGCAUAAACGUCUACCACUCAUAUGGUCCCUCUGGCCACUAUACCCAUGAAUUUGAUGGAGACGAAGAGUUCUACGUGGACCUGGAAAAGAAGGAGACUGUCUGGCGUCUGCCUGAGUUUAGUAAAUUUACAAGUUUUGACCCUCAGGGUGCACUGAGAAACAUAGCUACGGUGAAACAUAAUUUGGAGAUCAUGAUUCAAGAUUCCAACUCUACCGCUGCUACCAACAAGGUUCCUGAGGUGACUGUGUUUUCCAAGUCUCCCGUGAUGCUGGGCCAGCCCAACACCCUCAUCUGUCACGUGGACAACAUCUUUCCUCCUGUGAUCAGCAUCACAUGGCUGAGGAAUGGGCACUCAGUGAUAGAGGGUGUUUCUGAGACCAGCUUCCUCUCCAAGGAUGAUCAUUCCUUCUCCAAGAUCAGUUACCUCACCUUCCUCCCUUCUGAUGAUGAUGUUUAUGACUGCAAAGUGGAACACUGGGGCCUGGAUAAGCCACUGCUAAAACACUGGGAACCUGAGAUUCCAGCCCCUAUGUCAGAGCUAACAGAGACUGUAGUCUGUGCCCUGGGGUUGACCGUGGGCCUCGUGGGCAUCGUGGUUGGCACCGUCCUCAUCAUCCGAGGUCUGCGUUCAGGUGGCCCCUCCAGACACCAGGGGCCGUUGUGAGCCACACUCCAGAAGGAAGGUGCACUGUCCAUCUAUGAGAACAGAAAAAAAUGGACUUGCUAGAUGACCUAGAACUAUUUUCUGGCAAAGUCUGUCAUGUACCUUCUCUCCUCCUACCCUCCUCCUCAUACUUCUUCUCUGAGACUUAAGGUGCUGUAUCAUCUCAAAGCUCACAUACAUUUGGGAUUCUCCCCCUGACCUAAUUUUUUCUUUUCUCAAUUGUCACCUAUUAUGGGAUCCCUGAGAUAUCCCACCCAGCUACCUAAUCCACCAAUGACCCUAAACUAAUAUAUCCAUGGAAGAAAUAAAAACCUUUAUGAGGUCUUUA